AUGUCUACUACUAUAUCCACGAGGGCGAAGUCGCCUACACGGGCGGAGGCCAUCGCCAAGGCGUUAAAACCUGGACCAGUUUUUAACACUGGGGUUCUGCUAGGAAACUGGGUCGAAGAUAGAAUAGAAUGUCCAAAGACUGGUACGUUAUAUUUCCCGCCAAAAGAGAAAAUAGACUACAAAAAAAUGACACCAGAAUCGCGACAACCCGACUUCAGACUGAAUAAACUAAACAGUUUACAGGGAAACGUGUCUGCAGUAAUACGGCACGACAGCCACGAUGCGUGCGGUAACUUCGCGACCAUCAACGACCUAGUAUACAAUCACUUACCAAAACCGCUGUGUGGCCCAGCACAGCGGUAUUACAAGAAAAGCAAGCACCAGUUUUAUCCCCAACCGGACCUUAUGCAGUGUUAUGGAAAUGUGACAGAAUGGGGCCUUAUGAAGUUCAAAAAGCACGAAUGGGCAUGCACAGAUGUCUCAGAUUACAUCUCCACACUUUACGAAGACACGUACGUGCCGCCCCGGCCUAGCCAGUACCUGCAGAGGUGCGAGAGGAAGGCGCGGGAUUCGAGCUUCACAAAAAGUUUCAGAUUUAAAAUGACAAAAUCAAAAUAAUGAUAACAUCAAGAAUCAUUUUUAUUUCACUCUUUGCAAAAUUUUACUAGUCUUUACAAUAUCACAUUUUGUUCGAGAAGGGACAGUGACGUCCGUAUAAAAAUUGUAACAAUACAAUAAUUCUUAAUGCUUUCAUAUAGCCGUCACCUGGCGUCAACACGAGAUCAGCAAGUACUCUUACGCUAAGUUUAGUCUCAAACAUUACGACUAACAACCACUUAUAAAUACUAAAGAGGUAUAACUUAACAAAAUAUCUUAAUUAUAAUGGCAGUUCAUCAAAGUUCCAACAGAGGAAAAGAAGCAAAAAAAAAAAGAACGAAAGAAAUUUCAUGAAUACGAAAGUGCGGAAAAUGUCUGACUAGUGAUCGGGCAUUAAUUUGAUGCGAAGGAGUUCACUUGGGGCAGUUUGAUGAGUCCAGACCCGCCGGGGGUCUUGAACAUAUUGUUUUGUAGGUAUUGUUGUUGGGAGAACACGGCGUGCGCCGCGGCUUGGUGCGCGAACCUCGCCUGCGGAAUGUGCACGUGACUGUUGUACUGCAUCUGAGGGAACACCGGCGAACUGACGCGGCUGAAGUUCUGCGGAGACUGAAAGUUAUUGAAACUUGGCACUUGAUUGUCCACCGCCAUGGGCUCACCGCACACGGACUCUUCGCGCGACGGAGGCUGCGAGAAAAUGUUACGCUGGUUCACGCUCGACGUCUGGGAUUCGAACCCCGAACUCUGGCUCGACGAGCGGCUGCCGUCCAAGUUGAACAGCUGCCGCUCUCCGUCGGAGCCCCAAUAGCCGCCCGCCACCCAAGACGUGCUGUGCCCUAGUUUGCUGGGCGAUAUGAGAGGCCUGGCCCGAUUCAUUGCUGUGGGCGUUACAAAAGUUGGUGUCGGAUUGUAUUUUCUUAAUGAGAAGAUUGGAUUAAUUUUUCUUGCUUUUUUUUGACUACUUAUACACAAAGAACUGAUACUUUCAUCAAGAUCUGAAUCAGAGUCAUCUUUGUCAAACUUUUGAUAUUUAUUAAAAGAUGGUUUGGCAAAUACAGUCUCAGAAACUGAACUGGGGCUUUUGCUUACGAGAGAAUUGACACAGAAUGUCGAAUUAUGUUUAGGUUUAGUCCAAACACUAUCACUACGCGGCGUGAAGGUCCUGCCGUUCAAACUGUUACUUAGGGGACUGAUAGUGUCAUUUGAAGAGUCAGAAAAAUUACGUAAACCGAAUUUACUAAGAGAUACAUCAUCAUCAGUGUCAAAAGAAAAAGUAUCAUCUUCAUCAAUUGAAGUUUUUGAUCCGUUUACAAGGUUCUUCAUUCUUUUUGGAGUAGCAUAUAUUCUUGAUGUUUUGAGUGGUUUAUUUUUCAUACUCAUAUAUAUUAGUAAAACUAUUGAUGCACUAGCCAGCUGAAAAGAAAAAUAUAAAUCAUGGAACUGAGGUAUUUACGAAAUAUAAAUAAAAACAAAAGAAUAUGUUAUAAUGAUAUGCUCACCUUGAUAACACUUAUUAUCACAGGAUCUAUAGUGACUCCAUGUGACAUGGCACUUAUCACAAAUACUGACCACAGCAGGUCUAUAGCUAUUGUAUACUUCUGUUUGUUCACAUUCCAAACAUGUCCAAUAAUUUGUAUAAAACAUACAAAACCACCUAGUGCUUUCUGAGUCAACAACAUAAAACUGCUGAUGUCUUCACUAGUUAAAUUCAUUUUUGGCAGCUUAUCAAAUAAUACAUUUACGUCAACGAGGUAAUUUUCUAGUACUGGGAAUGUCAUAAGCAUCUUCAUUUUCACUAUAGACACAAUCCUCUCAAAUAGUCCAGUCACAAUCUGUUUCACAUUAGUCACAGAUUUUGGUAACUUUUUAUGAUUUUCUAUAUUUUUGUAUAAUUCUAUAGUAAUCAAUAAUAUCAAAACUGUAGCUAUUAAA